UUCUGUUUGUUUUGUGGUCUCGCAUGGAUACCAUCACUUGUGCUGAAUCUAGAGGGUAGGAUGAGCUAGAUAUAUUCCUUUUUUUUGCCUUCUGUUUUCUGACUAAAGUACUUCAAAAAUCCAUCCCUACUUGGGAGGCUGCUAUGGGAUUGUUCUAGGUGGCAUGUUCAGAGCUUGUACAUGUCUUAUUCGGUUGGUUGUCCAUUGGCCAAGCCUUUUCUUGCAUCUCACUUGGAUGUGUGUUUGUUUGUUUGUUUGUUUACUUAGGGCAUGUACAAUGGUUGAUAAGAUAGGGUAGACGAAAGUUGGGGGGGGGGGGGGGGGGUAGAAAGAGUGUUGGCGGCGAUUAAAGAUGUUGGGGCUGCAUAAAAGUAGAUAGUCCAAAGUAAACAUAAAAUCACAUCUUUCACUUGCCUACAAACAAGAAAGAAUUAAGUGCAACGUGACGCUUCCCAAACAAACCAGAGUUUCUCCUGUACGUUUUUCCCGAGAAGAGGAAGAACUGUGACAUAUAUGGUUUGCUCUUUUAACCCAGCCUUGCAAAUAAGCUUCAUUAUGCCUACCUGGCAUCCAAGCCUUUUUUCUUCUUGUCAGACCAUGGAAGCGCGGAUGCCUUGCGCGGUAUGGUAUUUUGACGCGAUGCUUGGUUCCUCCUGCCAACGUCAAAGAUCAGUACCUCACAAAAUGUGCUGCUAAAGAUAAAUGCCAAGGUUUGCAGUGUGAUCUGCAUUGCCAUCUUCAAUGUACCACAUAAUUUGGAUUUCUUUUAGCUGAACAACUGGAUGCUUUGCUUUUGUUUUGUGCUGCCAAUCAGCUUGGCGGGUUGAAUUCAUUGCUGAAAAAUGAAACAACCUGUGCUAUUCCUCAUGUAUCGAGGGUUCGAAUCAUCAUCUUUGGUAUGGAUGUUUCCCAUGGUUCACCAGGACGGUCUGACGUGCCAUCGGCUGCUGCAGCAAGUUUUGCUUAUUAUGUAUUCAGUUUCAUGCAGUAAAAACUCAGGUGUCAGCUGAUGGUCCUGAAGAGAGUUUCAACCGACAAUUUGCUAACCCACCUGGGUGUUUGUUGCUUUGGCCUAGGUGGUUAGUUCAUUGAAGUGGCCAAUCAUUUCAAACUACAGAGCUUCUGUGUGCACUCAGUCAUCCAGGCUGGAAAUGAUCGAUACCUUGUUUACGCCAGUUGGAGAUGACGAUCAUGUCCUCAUUAAGGAUUCAGUAGUUGACUUCCUCAAAAACAACAAUGGUCAGAAGCCGGAACAAAUUAUCAUUUUCAGGGAUGGUGUUAGCGAGAGCCAAUUCAAUCAGGUGCUGAACGAUGAGCUAGCUCAAAUCAUGGAGACAUGCAAGUUUUUUGGUGGCAAGCACUUUAGUGGCAACUGGUUCCCCAAGUUCACAGUGAUGGUUGCACAGAAGAAUCAUCACACGAGAUUUUUCCUACGGAAUGGACAGAGACCUGAUCAAGUGACUAAUGCCCCCCCUGGGGACUACAAGGCCAACACACUACCAUGUGCUCCAAGAUGAGACAGGCUUCUCCGCUGAUGAGCUGCAGGAGCUUGUCCACUCCCUUUCCUAUGCGUAUGUGCACUGAAGUAGUUGCAAAAGAUUCAGCCCUUACUUUGCCUCUGACGAUCAUCGGUGCAUUCCUCUGACAUUUUUAUGCUUGUGAACUCGUUUCAGGAGCACCACAGCCAUCACAGCUGUUGCUCCCAUCUUCUACGCACACCUUGCGGGGCGCAGGUGGCCAAGUUCACCAGGCUCAAUGACAUGUCGGAGACGUCGUCCCAGGCUGAGGCUGCCCCGGUGCCGGAGCUGCCUCGUCUGCAUCCCACGAUAGCAUCGUCCAUGUUCUUCUGCUGAAUCGCGCGGUUUCCCCAUCAUCGGUGGUUGGAAGCGACUGAAACUUUACCAAAUGCUAGACGGAACCGGUCGUAUUGUUCAUGCCUGAGCGCUGAAGUAUGCUUUUGGUCUUAGCUACUAGAUUUAAUGGAUGUUAUCUCCAAGAACAAUCUUUGAUUGCUAUCAUGGAGUUGCUUGCCAACAAUAAUUUGUACUUUUGAUGGUCAAGACCUAGACCCUCUGCUCAUGUGCAAGGUGCCAACGUAUUCUGGAUGUUAAGUUUAUAAAUAUGGUCGACAGCAUGUCCAAUGGUUUAUAAGUUUGGGAUUCACAAUAAGUGUCUUUAUAGUUUUGUGAUUAUGUA